AUGGAUCGCGGAGAAAAGCACUGUCCAAGCGAGUUGGACGCGUUACACGCAGAUUGGAAUAGAUCAGAAACUACGAUCUGCUUGCCAUCACCAUCCCCGCUAAAGCGAGCAUCGACAUAUCUCCCAAAAGCAGGGCCCAAGGUGCUGGAAGAGUCCAACACCGAUCCAUUCUACCUCGAGCAGUCACUAGCUGCCACACCAUCAACUUGGGACUCGUUUACUCCGGCAAUGCGCGAUGAGAGAUUUAGUACCGACAAUAGGGAAUACUAUACAUUGUCUUUGACACACGAGAGGAGUUCAUCAGAUCUUCGCAAGUCGUCUCGCCAAAUUGGUCCAGAUCGGUCUACCAUCGCACAAUUGGAACUGGAGAACAAUUUGAGAUUCCAUCGUUAUACAUCAUCGACCGAGGAAGAGUCUAGGCCUCUUCACAGCAGCCACGAGUCUUUUAGCUCGGUACACACCGAUAGCAGUACCCCCAAUCUCACCCCCAGCAGCUCCUUCUCAUCGACGUAUUCGGCUGCUGCAUGCCCAGACGCCGUCAUCAAGGCGACUGAGAAACUGUACCACCACGCAAAGCGCGCUCAAUCUGAACCUCGGCGCGCUUUUUACCUUCCUGCCUCUACUCCUCCAAAGCAACUACCUCCACCUCCUCCCGUGCCUGCGCUCCCCAAGGCACACACUCGACCCACUACUCCUGUUGCAGAUAGCUACAACACCACUACAACCGGCACAAUGAAGUACGAGACAUCCAGUAUGUCUUCGUCAUCGCGCCGAAGGAAACCUCACCCUACCUUGCCCAACCUCUCGCGUCGGCCCAGCUCCCAUAUCUCCCGCAGGAAACAAUCCAGCCCCGGGACAAGGCCUCCAUUGGAUCCAUCCAUGAUCUCGCCCCCGAGCUUGAUCAACCCGGUGACCAUGGAACCACAUGCCACACAUUUUGAACAGGCUCUGUUCAUCCCUGCCAAUGACUGCCCUAGUCCUAUCCCUAGUCCAUCAGCUAGCUCCCCACCCAUCUCUCGCCAAUGGACAGCAACAUCCAUGGAGCGGCCAUCAACGUCCACUAUGGAUGCCUACUGCGAGCAUUCCGUCUGGGAAUCCGACUCUGACAAUGAGUCCAUUGGCCACAAGUCCUUAUCUCGCAAGCCCAUCGAUACCUUGCGCAAGGUUCGCAGCCGUGCCAAACUUCGUGCUGCCAAGUCCCAACCUCGGCUUCACCAGGCGAUGCUUGACGAUGAAGCCCCGGAGAAAUUCCCGUGCAUGCCAGACGAUGUAGUUGGCCAACCCGUCCCUGAAUCAUACCGUGGUGUCAGCCUUGACCGACCCAGCAACAGCCGAGACGGUAUGCGGUUGAACCAUCCUCUCCAAACCCUCCGCCUCGUCGCGCCUUCUACUACCUCCCUUCUCAAACCCCGGUCUCGUAACAACAGCAACGGCAACCGGCGUGAUUCCCACAUUGACCGCUCAACUGCAGCCGCCGUCCGAGCUCGCUCACGGCGUCGUCAAUACUCCGACUCACCAGAGUACAUCAAAGAGGAAACGGAGAAGCUCACCUCCAUGUGCUACGAGCAACAUUCCCCCGCAUCGUUCGAGGACGCAAUCGACCAACGGCCCUUCUUCAAGCGGGUUCUCGAUUCUCUUCGGUCAUUGAGCUGCCACAAGACAGCUUCAAAGACGACGACUACAAUCUGA